GGGGGGGGGGGCGGAGGUUGACAUCACGCGCGCCAGUGGACUAUCGUCUGUUGGACGACGCUGUCAGUGACAGUCCAGUGGCUGAUUGCAGUGAUCACGGUCCAGGUCAGUCGUGUUGCCAUUUGUUGUCAUUCGUUGCCACGCACGGCCAGUCAGUUACAGCUGGUCACAGCUGCAAGUCGCUGCCACAUACAAUGACGCAGUAGACGACGACAGACGCGUUGACGGCUAUAUGGGAGAUGUUGCGACUCGCACGAUCAGAAUACGACUCGGUAUUAAAGAAGAAAGACGUCCUGUAAAAAGGAGAAAUGUCUGCAGAAUCACCGAGACGUGGAGUCCACAAAGGGGCUCAAGUAGUCUCACCGCAACCUAUUAGUGACCACUCCAUUAUUGACAGCGUUGCUGGAAUUAUCAAUGAUAUAGUUCCCCAAGCCUAUACUGGAACACCAAAUACCGAUAACGAAGAGUCCAUUGCCUGGGCUAGAUUCGAAUAUGCCGAUGUAAACGAUUUUGCCCUUUAUCCUGAUUACAACGAGGGUUCUGAAAUUCCACCUUUGCUACUGGUACUGGGCUAUGGAACUGGUGUACAGGUGUGGCUUGUGGCUGCGUCUGGCGAAGCCACGGAAGUCAUAUCAUGGCGUCAAGGAAUUGUUCGUACGUUGCGCGUUUUGCCAAAUCCAAAAAAUAAUGAGGAUCACACCGAUCUCUUUGCCGUAAAGCGGCCAAUGGUUGCAAUUUGCGACUCUGCCGGUCCCGGACCUCAAUUCUGCAACGUGAGCUUUAUCUCGCUUCGAACUGGCGAGCAGACCAAAAGCAUAAAAUUCAAGAAUCCCGUCUGUGACAUUCUGGCCAACAGAAGAUCCGUGGUGGUGACCUUUCUCGAGAGAAUUGCUGUAUUUGACGCUGGAAACCUUGAAGACGUCAUCACAGUAACCACGUGCUAUCCCAGUCCUGGUCCGAAUCCCAAUCCCGUGGCUCUGGGUACAAGAUGGCUCGCUUAUAGCGAGAAGAAGCUGUUACCGGCUCGAAGAAGUAGCGGCGGGAGCGAAGGCGAGGGUGUGCAGAGUUACACGGCAACAGUAUUGUACGCUGCGAAAUCCUUGGGCAAAGGAUUACGAGGUCUUGGCGAGACUGUGGCGUCCAGUUUAACGGGGAAUUCAGUGACGCCGAUGAUCGCGAAUAAUGCUGGUGGUGACUGCAUUCAACCCGGGGUUGUAACAAUCCUCGAUUUACAGGCAGCCAAAGAUGAUAGGCAUGAGGAUAAAGGACCGAUAGAAACUGUAGUUGCGCAUUUCACAGCCCACAAUGAUGCCAUCGUCGCAAUGAAUUUUGACCAAACGGGGGCGCUUUUAAUGACGGCGGAUAAGAGAGGGCACGAUUUUCAUGUUUUUAGAAUACAGCCCCAUCCUGGCGGACCGACGUUGGCCGCCGUUCAUCAUUUGUACGUGCUACACAGAGGUGAUACCACCGCAAAGGUGCAGGAUAUGACCUUCUCGAAUGACGCGCGUUGGGCAGCUGUUUCCACUGUUCGUGGUACUACGCAUGUGUUCCCUGUCGCACCGUACGGAGGUCCAGUCGGUGUCAGGACGCAUUCGACGCCUCACGUCGUGAAUAGGCUCUCGAGAUUUCACAGAAGCGCCGGCCUGACGGACGACGGCACCAGAUCCCAUUCUCCGGUCUCCCAUACUGAGCCACCACUUUCGGUAUAUCCAUAUUCAAAUCCUCGACUUCCUCCAUAUCCGCAUCCUACGAUAUUGCACCCCUUGGCGCAGAUACGACAACCCUCAACGCUUAAUCAUCCCAACAGUCAAACGCAAACAAGCAGACCGCAGCAGAGACAACGUCUACACUCAGAUGACGGUGGAAGCUUGCCUUUGAAGAUUUGCGCUUGCUUCGCACCGCCAAGAGCGUGGAUUUAUGCGCAAAGGGAUUCUUCAAGCAAGAUGACGAAAAGAGCUGUCGAUUCGUUAUUCGUGAUGGCCUGUCAUGGAAAUAUGAUACAGUACGAUUUGGAGCCAAAACCAGCCGCCGGGGUACCGAAGGAGAAAAUUUGCGACGACACGAUGAUCGAACUCGAGGUGGAGGCAAAGGGACAGUGGCCUCUCCUGAGAUCUCCGGGAUCCUCGGAAGUCAUCCCACCUUUACCGCCCUCCAGCCCCUUCUUGGGAAUAUCCAGCUGCACGAAUAACAGCCAAGCCUUCGACACGGCUGAGGAUCGUUGGCUUAGCCAAGUGGAGAUCGUAACGCACGCGGGACCUCAUCGGAGGCUCUGGAUGGGGCCACAGUUUGUCUUUAAGACGUAUAACGCACCAAGCGGGGUUGCGGUCAAUUUGGCUGAGGCAGAAGCGGUUGAGGUUGGUGUUACGGCAGGCUCUCGUCCUGCAAGAUCAAAUCCAGUGAACAUGCCCCAUGCUGCUGCAAGACCACUUGUUCCCGUAGUGAUCGAUGGAUCGGGAAGUAGUUACGAGCAGUCUCCCAGGUUUCUCGAGGCGUACGGCGAUUCGCUGGAUAACGAUACAAUGGGAGUUGGAGGUGGUGAAAACCAAUUACGGGAACACUUGGCGGAGGCUAUGCUGGAGACAUCUGCAACUCCUCAUCGAGUUCCAGGGAGGCGAGUGGUAGUUGAGAGGGUGGGACAGCCCGUGACUAAAGUCGUCAAUCCUCUGGGCACCGUAAUAACUGUAACGGCUGAGGAGGAGGAGGAGGAGGAGGAGGAGGAGGAUGAUGAGGAGGAGGAGGAGGCGAUCAGUUCGAGUGAGAUGUUUGACGCGAAGAGCGCCCUGGAGCCGCCCAGGAGUCUAUGCGCCGAGGAAGGUCCUGCCUCCCUAAGUGACUUCGAACCCGAGGGCCAAGCCCUGCGAAAUCUCACAGAGAUUUGUGCGGAAAUGCGAUCGGCUAGCGAGCCCGCGUUCGACUCGGUCCCCGACGACAGUAUCAAGGAUGUCAAGGAGCGCAAGGCCCUCUUUGUCGAGGCAGCGAGAAUCGAUGUCAGGAGUGCGAUUAAUAUCGAUCGCGUGGAGAUCUUUCGAGACGUGCCCACUAGUCUUAGCUUAUGUGCGGAAUCUGGUGAGAUUCCCAGCAGUCCGAUGACCAGGGCCAAGGAGACCGCUUGGAAUCGUCGAGCGAAAGGCGAUGCUGAGCUCCAUGAAAGUAAUUUCGGCAAAAUCAAAUAUCUCGUAAAUUAUGACGAAGAAAGCGUCGUCCUUAUGGAGAAUAAAACGACAUGCGAAAAAAGCGCAGUAUUGCCUGCGUCAUCGGAACAGGAGGAGAAAAUUCUGGACAGCACUUUGUCAGAGACUCGUAAGUGCGCCGUAAAGGCAUCGAUAACGGAACUGGAAAUCAGUGACGAUUCUAAAGGGGCCUUUGGGGCCGAGGGCAAAGAAGGAAGCAGAUUUCUCAAUACGGAACAGCGCGAUGGUAUCGUGCUCGAGAACAAGAAGCAUUCCGGAGACAAUGCUCGUGUCGAUCGUAGAGCAGCAGCGGCCAGUGGGAAGAAAAGAAUUCGCGGGCACAAUAAAGGUGCUGGGCCUGAGAAUCCUCAGGAAGCGGAACACGAUUCUAUUUCUAUUUCCGGUUUACUGGUGCCUCGAAAACCACGUGAAACCUUUAGCAAGGAUAAGUCUACACGGUCAAAGGACAAGGCAAAAUCGAGAGAGACUAAGAAGGCCAUUCGCACAGAUUCUAUCGGAAGCGCGGAGGAGAUCGGAACGCGUGCCAUUAGAAUGAAGGAAAUCGAGCCUACGGAGAUCGAAGGCUGUUGCAUCGAGAGCCCUUGCUCGGCUUUACAGAAUAGCGAUGCCGAGCAGCUGCACUUGAAAGCACUGCCAAUCGAGGACUUCAGUUCGAUCGAUUACGAUAUCGUCGAGCGACAGGGCUGUCCCGACAGGCACACUGCUGUGACUUCCUCGAAUCACUCCGAUGAGGAUAUCGAACACAUCGACAGUUCGGAAGUUACUCAGAUUCCGGAAUUGGGUAGCAAGGGUCUUGAAAGUUCCGAGGACAGACUGGAGUCCUGGCCAACUUGGAAAAGAAAAGGCAGCAAGAGCACCAUUUCCGACGACGACAUGGAGCACAUUCACUCGUUGGAGCUGAGCAGGCUGGAGCCAGCUCUCGGAGCGAAAGCGACGAGACACGAAGUCGAGCGAAGCUCCGAGGAACCUGUAAGGUCAUGUAGGAACGUCGUGUCCUCCGACGAUGACAUGGAACACGUGUUGCAUUCAGAAGUUUCGGAGCUGCAAUCAGCAGUUGGAUACGUCUUAGAAGGAAACAGAGCGACUGCAGAAGUUGAUGUUGAGAAUGGAACGACUAGUAAGUCUGUAAUGUCUGACAUGCGUCUCGAGAAAUUGGGAUCGAUUGAUAAUAUUCGGGAUUCCUUUGAGGAGAAGUCUGGGAGCUCCUCCUCCAGGAGGCGAGAGGCCGUUGUUAUCGUGGAGAGUGACUUUUCCGAGCCAGACGUGACUCUGGUAAGACCAUCGGAGGGUCGGAGCAGCAAGUGUAGAAAUAUUACGAAGAACAGCAGAAACAGGUCUCCGGAGAAGAAGGAUCUUACUGUCAAAUUGGAGAAAGUCACGGAUAGGCGAGCAUGGGAAUCAUCACGAAAUUCCAAAGUGAAAUCCAAGGCUAUCCAGAAAACAUCUUCGGAAAGCAUUGAGAUAAUUGACAUUGACGCUAUGCAACAGGAGGAAUCGGUUCUUCGAUGCAAGAUCUUGGAGGUAAAGUCGAAAAAGUUUCGGAAAAAUAAAAAACCCCUUAACGAUGCCGAUCUUGCCAAUGAAACCGGCCAUUCGAAGCUGAGCCCGUUCGAAGAGUCGCGGUGCGACACGACGGCUCCUCGUCCUCUCGAGAAGACCAUCCCCGAGAGCCACCUAACGAACCCGCGGACGGCCCUGCCGAUCGCAAGUUCCUGGAGUUCCGUUGUCAAGAAGAAAAGUCCAGUGACUUCUAAGGAGCAAGCUGCAAUUCCAACGGGUUCUUCUGAGAUAUCCGCGAGGGAGGAGGAGGGGCAGGAGCAACGCGAGCAACACGAGCAACACGAGCAACACGAGCACUCGGGCAACACGAGCCAGGCAACGGAGAAUUACGAAAAGGUGGACAGAGACAAAGCAGAAGAAUUGAAACCAGCAGCAGUGAGCGAAUCUAAUGGUGUGAAUUAUUCGGACAUUAAAUUCUUAAAAGGCCAUAAGAAAUCGAGGAAUUAUCAAUUGUCCGUUGACAGCAGAGAGAGGAUCGUGCCUCGCGAAACGGCUAAUUUUGAGGUAGAUUCUGCGAUUUACGUGGAAAAGAGGAAAGCCCGCUCGAAGGAGAAUAUUGGAACGGUGGAGGAUACAGAGAAGGAGAAGGAGAAGGAGGAGGCGGAGGUGGAGGUGGUGAUGGAGGAGGAGGAGGAGGAGGAGGAGGAUGAGGAGGAUGAGGAGGAGGAGGAUGAAAGGGCGAACAUUUUGAAAACAGACGGAAUUUCAACCGAAGGGACUGCCGACGGUGAAAUUGAAUCGUUAACUGAAUUGGAGAGAUCGGCAGCAGAGCUAGAGGUCGGGAAACAAGGCGCGGGAAAGAGGAGUGACUCGGAACCGGAAAUGAUGCCGGAGCAAUCGAGUUCUACGGAAGAGCUUAACGCGAACGCUACUCUCAUGGAUACUACUCUCGAGGAGGAUAAUUCUACGACGAGAGACAACGCCGAGACGGUCGUUGCCAAUGGUGGCAUCGAUGGUAAUGGUUCGUCAUCAUCUGGAAAAAAGGGCAAGCCCAAGAAGAAGAAACGUAGAUGAGUAGAGGAUUGCAUAAACGUUCAUAAAGCUAGCCUCGUCCUUUACGUAAUCCUGAUGCAGGUUACUGGAGUCGAUUAGCAGAGCGUUCGAGAGAGAGAGAGAGAGAGAGAGAGAGAGAGCGCGAUCCUUCCUUCUCUCCUCCCUUAAUUAAUUUACUCUCCAUGUUCCACUUAUACGUUCUGCAUUCGAGCGCGGAUUCCGACUCUUGAGCCUGCUUCUAGUAGUUAGUUAUUAUGACAGAUGGGUAAAUUUGGCCGGAUAACAAGUGCUAGCUGCUUGAUCUUUUGAUAAACGACAUUGAAAUGAAAAGUUUAAUGGAACACAGUAUUUAUUAAGUAAACAAAAAUGACGUUUAGAACAUAGCGGUCCUUCCUUUUGACGAUGCUUAUUUCUUUAACAUGGAAGAAAGCGAAGGACCAAACGAAGAGAAUGACGUGUUGCAUCCCUUUGAACUCUUUAAAGCGAAUACGAGGAAAGGCAGCAGAGAGUCCCCGAUAAAUGAAUAAUCAAUGAUUAAUAAAAUGAAAGAAUCGUCCCAUCAGGCUCUCCUGACACAUCUUCCUGGGAUCGCUCUAAAGAGACUUAGUCGGUAGCGAUUGGCCAUUAUGUGUUCAUUUACGCGAGGAUCUUCGUCUUAGUAUGUAAAAAUGUCUCUGUAUCCUUGUGUGUUGUGUUUUUUUUUGUGUGGCUUUUAGGCCACAUUAGCUUAGCAAAAGUACCGACUGUUUUCUUCGGUGAUACCACCAAGUACAAGACACGGGAGUCCUUUGAGCUCAAUCCUCCUUAACCGCUUCUUGGCUUCUCGGCUUCUCGGCUUCUCGCUCGCUCUCUACACUCUCCACGCUCUCUUAUUCACAUGCUCAUCCGUGUACCUUUGUCUAGCCAAGUCCUGUCUCUGUAUAUAAAGUCUUCUCGUAUCUACCUCGUCUUGAUCGCGUCUUACCGUAAGUGGACGAAAGAACAACAAAACGAACAACAAUGUCACGACCACGACCCAAAUAAGUAUUCGCGUUAUACAGUUAUAAUUCUGUGUAAUAAAUAUCUAAUGUUGAAUAUCGAACCACGUGACAGGAGAGAGAGAGAGAGAGAGAGAGAGAGAGGGGGGGCG